AGAUGAACCAAAGCAAAGAUCAACAGCAACAACAAAGGCAAAGGAAUCCCUUUCUUGUGCCUCCAAUCCAAGGCCAUCCCUCUCACGAAUGCACCCUUUUUCUUUUCUCCUUCAUGAAAACCAAACCACAUAUAAGUAUUUCUUGCUUCUUCCUCAAAACACAACCACCUUUUCAUCCCAACACACAUGUCUCAGACAGGCCGUCCUCGUAUUGUUGUGAACGGUGUUCGAAGAACAAGAACUUUCCACUAUUUCUGGUGCCUAUAUUGCCAGAGAACCGUGAGAUUACCCUUCACAAACAAUGAUAUUGGUUCUUUGUGCCCCUAUUGCUUCCACCAACUUCGCUAUGAGCUUGAUAUCUCAAGGCCAAGGCUUCUCAUGAACGUGCCAAAUAACUUGGAACCUUCACCAGCCACUCAACUCAUGCAUGGCUUGGCCCUCAUUCUUGAUCCACCUUUAAGGAGGCAAAACAACACAACCACUACACAAUGGCAAACAGAAGAAAAUGAUGGUAAUUCAGAUCCUCAAUGGAUUACACUCAGAUUUUCAAGACCAACUCGUCCACCUAGGCCUAUUUCCCCACCACAAAACUUGGUUCCAAAUACCACUCACACUCUUUUUGAUGAAAAUAAUAACACACUAGAUGAGUUCAUUGAUGGGGUGAUUCAGAACAAUAAUAGGCCAGGGCCACCUCCAGCAACAUCCUCAGCCAUUGCUGCAUUGCCAAUGGUGAAGCUGACACAAGCACAUUUGGCGAGUGACUCCAAUUGCUCUAUUUGCAAAGAUGAGUUUGAGCUUGAUAUGGAAGCUAGAGAGUUGCCAUGCAAGCAUUUCUAUCAUUCUGAAUGCAUCGUUCCUUGGCUGCGCAUGCACAACACGUGCCCUGUGUGCCGCUAUGAGCUACAAGGUGUUGAUAGUGCUAAUGCUAAUGUUAAUUACCGUUUCCAAAAUGAAUAUGACCUGAAUUUUGGGCUUGAGGAUGUUACAAGCAGCUUCGUCUGGAUUUGGAACCAACUAGCUUCCUUCAGGCCUAUUCGUUCAGUUCUAGAUUGGACACGUUCCUACUUUGAUUUCCAAGAGAAUCGACUUCGUGGUCGUGGAGGUAACUGCAGGUAUUUCUUGGUGGCGAGCAUUGUUCGUUAUAUAGCUGCUUCAUCUGUGAGAUCUUAUACUGAAAUUAAACCUGAUUAAUUGUAUUAGAAUACUAUUCCACUAUUAAGCAGGUAAAAGUUGCAGAGCACUUCAUUUCAAGAUAACGGAUGAGAGACACAAGAUCUGGUGUGCCCACAAGUUCUGUUUGAAAAAAACAUCAUUUCUUGGUGAAGAACUGCAUUUCAAAAGGAGAUCUUCACCUGUGUCCGGAUUUUUAUUUAUUUAUUUAUUUAUUUUUAAUCUUCUCUGUGCCCAUAAAUCUCUGAAUGUUUGCGUAAUUCCUUUGCCAACUUUCUGGCUUUGGGCAUGCUAUAAGGUGCAAAUUAUGGUUCCAUUAAAAUUUAGCAGAUAAAACAAAAAAAGCCAAAAAGAAACAAGAAAAGCCAUUUAAUCAAUUUAUUGAGGAAAAAACCUAAUCGUUAUAUAUAUAAUUUGUGCGUGUCAUGUAACAAAAAGCUACACUAUAAAUAUGAUGCCGUGCAUAAAUAUUAAUAUAAGAUUGGUUUCUCUGUUAUGUGAUGUGUGAUGUGAUAAGACGAUUAAUGCAUACACUGCACAUAUCUCCACAAGUUUUAGAUUGCUUUUAUUUUUCAGCUGAUUAUUUAUUUACUUGUAAAAUUUAUUUAUUUAUUUUAUAAGAAAACUUAUGACAAAAAAAUGUAAGUAAACCUUUAUUGUCACCUUAAAUUCAAUAAAAGAAAAAGAAAAUGAAAAGGAAACCGGUGGCAGAAGCAACAUAGAUGGUGGUAGUUUGCGAAAAACUUUGUUGUGUUGUUUCUGAACUCU